UGGUAAAGUUUUUUCAACUCCUUCCGCAUUUCUACUUGGCAAUUAAAGACUCCGCCUGUCAAAUGCCGUCGGAAGACUAAACCCGGUGACCUCCCAACGAUUCUCUCUCCGCUUGCAGGAUGGGAAAUGAUGCCAAGGCUAGUUGUAAGGGUAAGGAUGAGGAAAGUAAUGAUAUAAAAGGGAGAAACAUUGGUAACAGAUCAUCAAGCAGUUUGGGUGCUGCUAAUGAUACUUGUGGUCUAAGAAAGUCAGCUAGACAAACAUCAUUGAAGAAAAACUUGACUCCAAGCCCUUCAAGUAGUAGAAAGUCUGAACGUAUUGAGAAGCAGACCCCCCUACAAUUCCUCCUGUUACGAGGAAAUCUGAGAGAUUGGUUGAGAAACAAAGUUUACCGACUUCUUCUAGAAGCCUGAGAAGGGUAAGAAUCAGUUGUCAUCUAGUUCUUCUGGUUCAACGAAGUGUGGUAAAAGCUCGGGUUCGUUAAUUAUGAAGGAAAAGCACAAGAAAGAGAAGAGUGUGAAACAACUUGAAACUGAAGAAGUUGGAAACAUUGACAAAUCUGUUAUCAAAACUGUCCUGGUUGGAAUUAAGAGAAUGGAUGCUCGUGCUUACAGGGAGCUGUUCAAACAGAAACAAAAGAAAGCUAGACUGGAAGGUAGUCAAGAUCUGAUAGUAAAUAGGACACCUGGGGUUGAUACUGAGGUGAAGAGUGGUUGCAAAGUGAUGUCUUCUAAACAAAAAAGAAGUAUUGACAACUUGAAUUUUGAUGCUACUGAAAUGGUUUCAAAUGAAGAUGGCGAUGCAGCUCCAUAUGAGUGCGGCAGAACUGAUUCUGUGGAUUCAUGUUCCAAAAGGCAAAGGUUGAAGAAGCGCAAUAAAGUGUCCAACAAAAGCACUGAUUCGCCUUCUCUGAAAGCUGCUUCAAUAGGAACUUCUGGAGCUCCAGUGCAUAAGAUGUCUCAAGUCAUGCCAAGUUCAAUUAAUCACUUGUUCAUGAAUGCUGCAGUAGGUUCUUUGAUGUGGUGUAUUGGGUCUGCCUAAUAGCCAAUAAAGAAAAUAGCUCUGAAGAUAUCGGAACAACUGAAAAGAGAAGCAAAUUAUUGAUAAGAAGCUGGGGAUAAUGUUGAAACUCAAAUACACUCUUACAACGGCAAUUUUCAACAAAAAGCAGGAACUGCGCAAAUCCACUGGAAGGAAUGGAGGUUCGGUUUUGUCAACAUGAAAUCCAACCUAAUGCAAACAGAUCUCAUACAAUCUUUGAAUGGGCGUUGGUUUGACUCCUACAAGCUGCGGGCGAAUCUUCAGCGUUUCGGCAGGCAGCGUCGUGAGCAAAAGAAAGACAAAGUGUGACACUCCAAUCUGCUCGUUGCUCCCCUGUUCCGAUUAGAAACAGAGAUUCAAGAAACUAUGCUACUGUAUGAGCAAAUGAACAGUUUUUACUAUGUGGAUUUGUGAUUAAACUACAAUGCUAAAUACACCAACUCUGUGGAUUUGUGAUUAAACUUGGAAAACAACUACAGUACGAAAAAAGCCAUAUGUGGAUUUGUG